AUGGAAGAAGUUAACAACAUCAAGCAGUUGAUAGAAAUGGGGUUCACCCCAGAAGUAGCCCAAAAUGCCUUGCAAUCAAGAAAUAAUAAUUUGGAACAAGCAAUUGGUUAUCUACUUGGAGAAUCAACUGUGCCACCUCCACCACCUCCUCCACACCAUCAUUAUGACCUGUCGAAAGAGAAUAUGCAAUUGGUACCAUACGAAGAUACAAUUGAUAUAUCAAACCCAGAUGAUAUCCCAACGUUUAUUGAACACAUAAAUGAAUCUCGCCUUACAUCAAGACUGGAUUUUGGGGUUGAUGAUUAUCAACAAUUUGAAACGGAUAUGCUGGAGGCAAGUCAAACUAUCUUCAGCCAUCCUAAAACAUUUGAAAGAACUGAAUUAGCUCCGCCGGCGAUCCUUCCCAAAUCAAGUCGAUUUGCCCAGAACUACUUAAUCCCCAUUUUAAUGAUUAUGUAUCAAUUGAAAGAAGUUAGACUGAUUAUCUUAAAUAAAACUGAUUUUGAUUAUGGAUAUGAAGAAAAUUGGUAUAAUAAUGACACGGAUCUCGUUGUUGAUGUUCCAGAAGAGUUUAAGGAAGUGGAGUCGUCAUAUAGAUUUGUUAUAGAGAUCCAAAGAUUAUUCGGAUUUUUGACUCCAUUAUUAAGUAAAAGAGCUUUCAUUAGUGCUGAGUCAUUAUUCAAAAGUAUUCCAACUCAAUUCUUUAAUGAAUUAAUUUCCGAGAUUGACGAUACCGAUGAAUUAAUUAGACGAUUAUAUGAAUUUAUGAAUGAAGAAGUUGAAAAGAUAUUAGGAUCCGAAGCAGGUACAUUAGGCUCUUUAACAACAUCCUAUGUCAAACUGGAAGAAAAUAUUCCUGAUGUAGAUGACGACGAUGAAGACGAAGAAGUUGAAGAUCAGGUUGUUGAUUUGUGUUUGUUUCAAAUAGAUAGUGAUCGUAGGGAAACAACCAUUAUGGAAUCAUUUAAUAAUUUAUUCUGGGGCCCCGGGGUAGGAAUCGGGAAAUUAAGUUUUGCGAAACUAUCUCCAAUGCUUACGAUUCAUUUUCAGGGUGACGACGAAGGACUUCAAGUUGAACCCAUACAACUUCAAGAGCAUUUCUACCCGGGUGUUUAUUCUUCAGAAUACUCAUCCUUNCUUCAAGUUGAACCCAUACAACUUCAAGAGCAUUUCUACCCGGGUGUUUAUUCUUCAGAAUACUCAUCCUUAGUGAAGGAUAUGUCGGAGAGGCGAGCCCAAGUCACACAUGAUCGAAAGGUAACCACAAGCAAAUUAAUGGAAUUGAGUUCAUUUGAAGGAAAGAGAAUUAAAAAAGUUAUACACAAUGCGGUUGGAUACUUGCAGAGUCUCCCUAAUGAAACUCAAGCCUUUGAGGAUUUGAAAAGAUUAAGUGAAAAUAUCCAAAACGAAUCUGAUUUAUUGAACCUGAGGAUUUCUACAUUAAAUCAAGAUUAUAGCAGUUUGGAUAUAAUGAAUCAUGAUAAUAUUCUUAAGAAGAUAUCACUGGAUCCUAAAUUAAGCAUGCCAGAAAAGUAUAUUUUAGUUGGGAUUGUCCUUUCAGAUUCGGAGUAUUAUUAUAAAAGCAAGAAUUAUACGAAGGCAGACGAAGACUGGGUCCAUGUGGUUACAGUUUCUGACAAUAAGAGGGUGAAGGAUUAUUGUAUGGAGACGACAGAUUUUGAAGGUGUACAAGUAAGUAUGAAAGAAGAGACAAAGAAUUCAGCCAAGCUGUUUAUUUUGUUUUAUGCAAAAGAAAGCUCAUUUAAUGAAGAGAUUGAAUUACCAAUUUCUGAUAAAUUAAAAGAUUUCUUUGAUAAAGAUAACGAAUAUUUAUCAGAAGAAAUAAAACCUCAUGGGGAUAUAAUACAUAAUGAUUCUGGUGAUGAAAGUCUUGAGUAUUCGUCGUAUGAAGAAGAUGAAGUAUCAUCUAAAGAGGGAGAUAAUAACGAGCGAGAUAAUAAGGAAGAAGAACAGAUGUUAGUAGAUAUAUAG